UUCAUUGUAGUUUCACGACGAUCGUUUAUGGUAGUGUCUGCAACUCGGCAAUCAUGGAUAACGAAGAAGAAGCAGUUUAUCAAUAUUACACCAUUGUCAGCGAUGCCGACGAUUUGCUGGCGGACAAUGGAGAGCUGGCAUACAUCAACUAUCCAGACAAAGUUAUGUAUCUUUCGCUUAGUCAGGGCGAAGAUGAGGAAGAAUCUACAGAGGCACUCAUGAAGUCGUCCAGUGAGAGUGAAAAGACUGAGCAGGUUCCAAACAUUGAAUUUAUCUCACUGGAUAAUGGUGAUAUGUACAUGACAGACACUCUUGGAGAUACAUUUACAAAUGUUGAAGCAGACAUUGCAGGUAUUUCAGAGAAUGAUUUAAUUACUUUUGAUGCAACAAAAUUAGAGAUACCUUCAGAUGAUAUUGAAGAAAAUGCAGCAGAUUAUCGUCAAAUCAAGUUGGAGGAUGGCACCUGUGCAUAUAUUGAUAAAUCUGUUUGGAAUUCCAUCAUUGAAAAUGCAGCUGAUGAUAAUGACACAGAAGCUAAGGAGGUUGAAAAACCUGUGAAGGAGAAGAAGUUUCGGUGUUCCACAUGCAAUAAGGUUUACUCAACAGCUAAUCAUUUAAAUAUUCAUGUAAGGAUUCACACAGGACAAAGACCUUACCAAUGCAUGGUAACUGGUUGUGAUAAAGCCUUUGCAACUGGUUAUUCUCUGAAGGCUCACUUACGAACGCACACUGGUGAAACUCCAUACGGCUGCAACACAUGUCCGAAGCAAUUCAAGACAUCUGGAGAUCUACAAAAGCACAUUAGAACACACACUGGAGAGAAACCGUUCAAGUGUCCCAUUGAGGGAUGCGAUAGAUCAUUCACAACAUCGCACAUUCGUAAAGUUCACAUAAGGUCUCACACUGGUGAGAGACCUUAUGCAUGCGCGUACCCAGAUUGUGGAAAAGCUUUUGCAUCAGCGACAAAUUACAAAAACCACAUGAGAAUUCAUUCGGGAGAAAAACCGUACGAAUGCACGGUUCCGGGUUGCGGCAAACGUUUUACAGAGUACUCAUCUCUGUUCAAGCACAGUACAGUACAUAAACCCUUCAAGCCGAUCAAAUGCGAAUACUGCAAUCAAAAAUGCAAACACGAGAACACGCUGAAGGCGCACAAACAGUCCGUACAUAAGAUAUUGAUCGCAAGCGACGGCACCGAAUAUCAUUUAGCCAAAGAUCCGAACGCCGGUCUUUUCUUGCAAUAAGACCGAAGACAGGGUUUUAAUUAUAUAAUAUGUAUAUUUUAUAAUAUCCAGCAUGUAGUUGAAGGGGACAUU